AUGUCGUCGGAAGAAAUGACUGCAACAACAACAACCUUAAAUGUCCUGUGUGCCAUAUGCAGUGAAUAUUUCAAAAGCAACGACAUCAUCUACUGCACCACCAAAUGUGGUCAUGUCUUUCAUCACAAAUGUUUGACCCGUUGGUUGUCCCAAUCGACAACAUGUCCACAGUGUCGUGCCGUUUGUCAUCGUCAUAUGAUACAUCGUAUUUAUUUGAAUUUUUCUGAGCCAACAGCACAGGAUGAUGAGCUGGAUGCAGAACCCGUAAACACUUUCGAUUGGUAUCCCUUGGAUAGUAGCAUGGAUCCCAAAGAAAUUGCUAGUUUUUCCUAUAAAUUGGGCACAGAUGCAGAUGGUGAUGCUAUUUAUGCGGCUCGGGUAUACUUUAAAGACGAUUUACUGCCAGCCUAUUAUGUUCCCAAGAAGAAAGGUGCCUAUUGUGCCUGGGGUGGUGGUGGUCAUUUUGUUGAAAAUGAUAUUGAACUGUUGUACACCAGUGAUGAUAAAGCCGAUUAUAAAUGGGUAUCUGCUGAAAAUGGUGCUGUACCAGAAAAUGCAUUCGUUUGUGGUUAUACAGAUCGCGGUGAAUCUCUGUAUUUUGGUCGGGCAAAUUAUGAGGGUCUAAUACGUUAUGGUAAAAUACAUCCAUCGCACCGUUGCUGUUAUAUACCCUAUGAGGAAUUAGAGAAAAACAAUAGAUCGUAUGAAGUAUUAGUUCGUAUUCCAGCAACAACGACAACGGAAUCAAGUCCACAAUAG